UCUCUUUUUUUCUUAUCAGCAAUGAAAGCUACUCUUAUCAGGACCGGUUCGUCACCGGUUCAAGCCUCCCUGAUCCCCGGUUCACCGAAGGUUUCUUUCUCCGCUUCAGGCAUUGAUUCCGUUACGUCUGCACUGUUCUCCGGCGCUAACAAGAAGUCGUCGUCGCCGCCGUUGCAUUUGGAGAUCAAGGACAAAAGGACUAUCCGGCGAGCGAUGUCGGAAUCUGACGUGGCAUGUCCAAUGAAGAAAGACUCCGGCAGGUUUUCUAAGUUAUCUGGCGCCGGAUCUCGGUCUUUUCCGGCGAAUAUUCUUGAAGAAGAGGAGGAAGAGAUCUGCUAUGGUGACGUGGAUGACUGUGGUAGGUCGUGGAACGUAUUUGUGACGGAAGAUUUGGAUUCCGUUGGUGGUGGUACAGGCAAAGGAAAAAAGAUCGGCGGCGACGGCGGUAGUAGUGGUGGUGCCGAUCAGAGGAAAAUCGGUGCUUAUUAUCAAAAGAUGUUAAAAACUAACCCUGGAGAUCCACUUCUUUUAAGGAAUUACGGACAGUUCUUACAUCAGGUGGAGAAAGAUGCAGUGAGAGCUGAAGAAUACUAUGGAAGAGCCAUUUUAGCGAGUCCAGGAGACGGUGAAGUGUUAUCUCUGUACGGGAAAUUGAUUUGGGAAACCCAAAAAAAUGAAACCAGAGCCAACAGUUAUUUCGAACAAGCUGUUCAAGCCUCCCCUAACGACUGCUUUGUGAUGGGAUCGUAUGCACACUUCCUAUGGGAUGCAGAGAAAGACGAUAAAGGUGAAGAAGUAAGCACAGCUGCUGUUUUGGUGGAGGCCUUCUGACAGACCUCCUUAGAUCUCUCUCU